AUGUCAUCCUUGCCUGAUAGCUUUUCAGUCUGCAAAUCACCACGGAAUCGAUACACUCUUGCAAAUCUCAAAUACCAGUCGCGCUACGACAACUCCAGCCCCCCCGAGCUACCCGAGCUGCCCCGCCUCCCCGGUACCCCCCUGGCCGAUACUAGUCGCGCGACUAGUAUCUCGACUCUGGCCCCCAACUUCACCAACAACCACAGCCCCUCCUCCACCAGCAGACCACCCACCGAUCCAGCCCCCCCUAUCUCGACUCUGGCCCCCAACUUCACCAACAACCACCACCUAGCCCCUCCUCUACCAGCAGACCACCCACCGAUCCAGCCCCCCCUCCCCCCAAAGUCUACUUCGGCCCCGCCCCCCCGGUACCCGCCUGGCCGAUACUAUUCGCGCGACUAG